AGUAGAACACGCAGUGAAUUUGGACCGUAGACUAAAAGUAACAUGGCGGCUUAGACUAACCACGCGGGUUUGUUGACAUCUGUUCAAUCCUCUGUUUAAACAUUUAAGUGAUCGAUUAACAAUCACGGAAAUUAUGUCGCGACUCAUUGUCAAAAAUCUCCCUAACGGGAUGAAGGAAGAGAGAUUACGCACGAUGUUUGCUGCUUUUGGCACGCUCACAGACUGUACCCUGAAGUUUACAAAAGAUGGAAAGUUCCGAAAGUUUGGCUUUGUGGGGUUCAAAUCCGAGGAAGACGCGAACAAAGCGUUAACACACUUCCACAAAAGCUUCGUGGACACUUCCAGAGUAACGGUGGAAAUGUGUAAGUCCUUCGGAGAUCCCACAAAACCAAAAGCGUGGAGCAAACACACCCACGACUCUAGCCACAACAAAACAACAUCAGUGAGCACGGAAAAAGAUGAAAAAGUGAUCGAAAAGGUGAUCAAAAAGGAAAAGAAGAAAAGCAAAACUGUAAAUACACUCAUGGAGGAGGAUCAGGAUCAGGGUUUCAAGGAGUUUCUGUCCGUGCAUCAAAACCGGAGUCAAGCACCAACUUGGGCAAAUGAUACUGCACAACGACAAACAGAGACGAGCACAAAGAAGAAGAGUAAAACAGAGUCAAAAAAGGAGAAGAAAACAGAUUUGGAUGAUUAUCUCAACUUUGACUCGGACGAGACCGAGGAUGAGUAUGAAGAGGAGGAAGUGCAAUUGAAUGAAGACGAAGAUGGUGAUAAAGAAGCUCUUAAAUCUGGGUUGACAGACAUGGAAUAUCUGCGAUCAAAAGUGUCAAACACAAAAGACACAAUGGAGGAAAAGGACAAUGAUGAUGAUGAUGAAGAAGACAAGAACACUAUUGGUGUCAGUGACAGUGCAUAUGAAAACAGUGACAGAGAAAAUGUGUCAGAGGCCAAGACGGAUGUUUCUGCAAAGACUCAGAAACAAGGCAAGAGUAAGAAGGCUGUCAAGAGUGAAUUGGAUCCUGCCACUGAGUUCACUGUGAAGCUUCGAGGAGUCCCUUUUAAUGUCAAAGAGCAACAAAUUUCUGAAUUUAUGACACCACUGAAGCCAGUAGCCAUUAGAAUUGGAAAGAAUGAAAGUGGCAACAGAACAGGCUACGUGUAUGUUGAUUUACGCUCUGAAGAAGAGGUGCAAAAAGCCAUAAAAAAGAACAAGGAUUAUAUAGGUGGAAGAUAUAUUGAAGUCUUCAGUGUGGGCAACUCUGAUAACAAGCGGAAGACACAACAUAAAGAAAUUGACAAAAACUUUUCCAGGAAGCUCAAGGAGGAUGAAGAGGAGGAAGAUGUGUCCGAAUCAGGGCGUCUUUUUGUCAGAAAUCUUUCUUACACCUGCACAGAAGAAGAGAUCAAAGAGCUUUUCACCAAGCAUGGGCCAUUGUCUGAAGUGCUGUUUCCCAUUGACACAUUCACCAAGAGGCCAAAAGGAUUUGCUUUUGUAACCUACAUGAUUCCAGAAAAUGCAAUCACAGCUUUGGCUCAGUUAGAUGGACAUAUAUUUCAGGGUAGAAUGCUUCACGUGUUACCUUCAACAAUUAAAAAAGAGAAGGCAGAGUCAGAUGGAGGCCCUGGUUCUUCAUCUUAUAAACAGCAAAAAAAUGCUAAAAACAAGGCUUUGAGUACCAGUUCUCAUAACUGGAACACCUUGUUUCUGGGAACAAGUGCUGUAGCUGAUGCAAUUGCUGAAAAGUACAAUACUACAAAAAGCCAAGUUCUGGAUCAUGACACAAAAGGAAGUGUUGCAGUGAGAAUGGCUUUGGGGGAAACCCAAAUUGUGGAGGAAACUCGACAGUUUUUACUGGAUAAUAGUGUCUGUCUUGACUCCUUUAGUCAGGCUGCUGCUCCAAGAAGUACAUGUGUGAUCCUUGUAAAAAAUCUUCCUUCUGGGGUGAAGGUGUCUGAGCUGGAGGAGCUUUUCUCUCCUCAUGGCUCUUUGGGCAGAGUACUGCUGCCGCCAUCGGGACUAACCGCUAUCAUUGAGUUUUUAGAACCCACUGAAGCAAAACGAGCCUUCACUAAACUGGCCUACAGUAAGUUUCAUCACAUUCCUCUUUAUUUGGAAUGGGCACCCGUGGGAGUAUUCAUGGCCAAACCAGAACCAGAAAGGGAAAAAGAGGAAGCGAAAAAGCUGGCCAUGGAGGAAGAGGAGGAUGAUGAUGUUGAAGAAGAAGAAGAAGAAAGUGUUCCUGGCUCCACUCUUUUUAUUAAGAAUCUUAAUUUUAAUACUACAGAGGAGACACUACAAGAGACAUUUUCCAAGUGUGGUAAGAUUAUUUCUUGUACAAUUUCAAAGAAGAAGGACAAAACAGGAAAGCUGUUGUCAAUGGGCUAUGGAUUUGUACAAUAUCAAACUGCUGAAGCAGCAAAAAAGGCCAUAAGGCAACUCCAGCACUGCAAUGUUGAUGAUCACCAGUUAGAAUUAAAGAUUUCUGAGAGAGCAACAAGAUUAACCGGAGUGACUCUCAAGAAAAAACAAAUGUUGAAAAAGCAAACGGGGUCCAAAAUACUUGUGCGCAAUGUGCCCUUUCAAGCCUCUGUGAAGGAAAUCCGUGAACUUUUCUGUACAUUUGGAGAAUUGAAGACUGUACGCCUGCCCAGAAAAGCCACUGGCUCAGGGAAUCAUCGAGGAUUUGGUUUUGUUGACUUCAUUACAAAACAGGAUGCCAAGAAAGCAUUUACUGCACUGUGUCAUAGUACACAUCUUUAUGGGAGGCGUCUUGUACUUGAGUGGGCUGAUGCUGAAGACACAGUAGAGACAUUGAGACGAAAAACUGCAGAACAUUUUCAUGUGCCAUCAAAAAAGCAAAGGAAAUCUGAAGUAUUGGAAGGAAUUUUGGAGACCAUGGAAACGGAUAAUGUGUCAGAAGAUAAUUUAUAAAAGUCAUUGUGACAUAAAGAGACUCAACUUAUUUAUACAAAUGAUUCAAGAGAUGAAAGUGAUGCUGGCCUAUGCUGAUUGUUAAUUUGAAUUGUUUUUAUGUCAACAGUUUUGUAACUCAUGUUGUAUAUAUAAAACAUUGACUGAUAUAAAGCCA